CGAACACACAGACACCCCAAGAACCGGGAUUCGCUUCGGUGGACGCCGGACUGCCUCGAUAACGUCAUGGGCGGCUCUUCGCAGCUCCGAGCCGCUUGACAUGUGCUCGGAUUACUCAGACCCAUUAAACUGGGCCACUUCUUUCAAGAUCUCAGCUUGCUGACAGGAAUGUAGUUGCCAGCCACAGUUCCUGACAAAGAUGCCGCUCUUCCCCAACUACGACACCCUGCAGAACACCUUCGGCAGCCCCUACCGCCGAGGCCCAUCGCAGAACAAGGCCAAUGCGAGCGGCCCAACGCCGCACCAAGCCCGUCUUGAGCUCUACCCGGCGUACUCGGUCAUUGACGAUGCGAAGAACAAGGCGCAGAAGCUGAGCGCGGAGGCCGCUAAGGAGUUUGAGGCGGCGAGUCAGAAAGCGCAGGCCAAGGCAGGCAAGAUGGAGCUGUACUCAGGGAAAUACUAUGCCGCUUGCACUUUUGGCGGCAUGAUGGCCUGUGGCUUGACGCACACGGCUGUGACGCCUUUGGACCUUGUCAAGACGCGCCGCCAGGUUGACUCGAAGCUGUACAAGGGCAACUUCCAAGCGUGGGGCCACAUCUACCGCACCGAAGGCGUCCGCGGCGUCUUUACGGGCUGGAGCCCCACCUUCUUCGGCUACUCGGCGCAGGGCGCCUUCAAGUACGGGUGGUACGAAUACUUCAAGAAGACGUACUCUGACCUGGCCGGGCCCGAGGCGGCGUACAAGUACAAGACGGCGCUGUACCUGUCGGCGUCGGCGUCGGCCGAGUUCCUGGCCGACAUUGCGCUGUGCCCGUUUGAGGCGAUCAAGGUGCGCAUGCAGGCGACCAUCCCAGCGCAGUACAAGGGCACUUUCGACGGGUUCAGCAAGAUCACAGCCGCCGAGGGCGUCAGCGGGCUGUACAAGGGCCUCUACCCGUUGUGGGGGCGGCAGAUCCCCUACACCAUGAUGAAGUUUGCAUCGUUUGAGACCAUAAUCGAGAUGAUCUACGCCCGGCUGCCGGGGACCAAGAGCGACUAUAGCAAGGCGGCGCAGACGGGGGUGUCAUUUGUGGGCGGCUAUCUGGCGGGUAUCCUGUGCGCCAUCGUGUCGCACCCGGCCGACGUCAUGGUCAGCAAGUUGAACGCGUACCGCAAGCCUGGAGAGGGAUUCGGCGCUGUCACGUCGAGGAUAUACAAGGACAUCGGAUUCAGGGGGCUCUGGAACGGCCUGCCGGUCAGAAUCGUCAUGAUUGGUACACUGACCGGGCUGCAGUGGAUGAUCUAUGUGAGUCUUGUCUGGAGGGGAGAACUUAGAUGAUAAGACUGACCGCUUUGCAGGAUUAUUUCAAGAUCUUUAUGGGCUUCCCGACGACAGGCGGUGCGCCGCCGC